CGGCGCGGGGCGGUGGGGCCCCAGGAGGAGGGGCCGGGCCCCGCCGGGCGCCGCCAUGGCCGAGAGUCGGGAUAUGUUCGACUCCAUCGUGAUGGCGGAGGAGAGGUUUCAUGGGGAAGGGUUUCAGGAAGGCUACGAGGAAGGCAGCAGUUUGGGUAUAAUUGAGGGAAGACAGCACGGCACGUUACAUGGAGCUAAGAUCGGAUCUGAGAUCGGGUGCUAUCAAGGUUUUGCCUUCGCGUGGAGAUGCCUCCUGCACGGCUGUGCCACCGAGAAGGACAGCAAGAAGAUGAAGGUCUUAGAGUCGCUGAUCGGGAUGAUUGAGAAGUUCCCUUACGAUGACCCGACGUACGAGAAACUUCACGAGGACUUAGACCAGAUCAGAGGGAAGUUUAAACAGCUUUGUUCUUUGCUAAACGUCCAGCCGGACUUUAAAGUGAGCGCGGGAGGCGCCGGGCUUUCGUUCUGAGGCUGCCGGGCGAACAAAGACCGCACGCCCAGGAGCAGGUGUCCGUGUGUCCCGCGCCCAGCUGCGAGCAAGGUGGACAAAGCGGCGCGUUCAUGGCUCCCUGAGGAGGGUUCCGGUUGGCGGCGAAAGGCUGUUCCCCGCCGUGGCCGGCCCCGGGGCCUGGGUGCCCCCCGGGCCUCUCCUGCGGCCUG